CCCCGCCCCCUCCUCGGGUGACGCGCCGGGGGGCGGGGCCUGGGCGCGGCGGCCCGGCUGUCUCGGCGGCGGCGGCGGCGGCGGCGGCGGAGCGAGCGCGGCGCCACCAUGGGGGCCCAGCUGAGCACGUUGGGCCACGUGGUCCUCUCCCCAGUCUGGUUCCUCUAUAACCUGCUCAUGAAGCUGUUCCAGCGCUCGACCCCGGCCAUCACCCUUGAGAGCCCGGACAUCAAGUACCCACUGCGGCUCAUUGACAAGGAGGUUAUCAACCAUGACACCCGGCGGUUCCGCUUCGCUCUGCCGUCGCCCCAGCACAUCCUGGGCCUCCCAGUCGGCCAGCACAUCUACCUCUCAGCUCGGAUCGAUGGAAACCUGGUCAUUCGGCCUUACACGCCCGUCUCCAGCGACGAUGACAAAGGCUUUGUGGACCUGGUCAUCAAGGUUUACUUCAAAGACACCCAUCCCAAGUUUCCUGCUGGAGGGAAGAUGUCCCAGUACCUGGAAAACAUGAAGAUUGGAGACACCAUUGAGUUCCGGGGCCCGAAUGGACUGCUGGUCUACCAGGGCAAAGGAAAGUUUGCCAUCCGUCCAGACAAGAAGUCCAACCCCAUCAUCAAGACAGUGAAGUCUGUCGGCAUGAUCGCCGGAGGAACCGGCAUCACCCCGAUGCUGCAGGUGAUCCGCGCCAUCAUGAAAGACCCACAUGACCCCACCGUGUGCCACCUACUAUUUGCCAACCAGACUGAGAAGGACAUCCUGCUGCGGCCCGAGCUGGAGGAACUGCGGAAUGAACAUUCUGCUCGCUUCAAGCUCUGGUACACAGUGGACAAAGCCCCGGAAGCCUGGGACUACAGCCAGGGCUUCGUAAAUGAAGAGAUGAUCCGGGACCACCUUCCACCUCCAGAGGAGGAGCCGCUGAUACUGAUGUGUGGACCCCCGCCCAUGAUCCAGUAUGCCUGCCUGCCCAACCUGGACCGCGUGGGCCACCCCAAGGAGCGCUGCUUUGCCUUCUGAUGGCCAGGCGCUGGCUGCUCGCACGCCUGCCCCGCAUACUCACUGUGCCCUGUCCGCACCCACUCCUCCCCACCACUGCUCUUUAACAUCACUUUCCCCCACAUCUCCCACUGUGGUCCUGGGUUCAGCCUGGCCUGCCUGUUGCUUGGCUGGUUACCCCACUGGGCUGGCCCCCGAGGGAUCCCUUUGGGAGCAGGGUUCUGUUACAGGUGGGCCAUCGCCAGCCACCUUCUGGGCCACUACCUGUCUGGCCCUCAUCGGUUCUUACCAGUGAUGCUCGGCCCUGGCCCUGACCCUUCCCUACCUCCACCCCACCCACCCAUACACUACUAGGCCAAGUCUGCAAGCACCAUGCUCCACCCCAGCCCCUCCCUCCCAAAGCAGACUACCCUCUGGAAAUAAACACAAAUGUACAGGCAGCCCAGAGCUGCAGGUGGCAGGGUCCCCCCCAGCCACUGCCUUGGGACCCUCACCUGCCACUCCUCACUAUCUGCUCAGGGCCACAGCCAGGCCUUAGCACCUGACACUACAUGACAGGUAACACCAAAAAGUCCCUUUGGCUGGGGCUGUGGGGGUGAGAGUCUGCCCCCACCCCAGGACCCAGGCAGGCCCAGUCAGCAGAGAGCUGGGCUCUCUCCCAGGCUGGAGUAGGAGGAGGGGGCUGGCUGAAGGCUCUUCGGGGGGCAUCUCAGCCCUCCUGAAGCCUCAGCAUCUCCCCAGCACAUCUAAGCAUCCGGGCAGCUUUGGGAGUUCCACGCCUUCAGCCCGGCAGUCUGAUGGACCGCCUCGGGGCCCUGGGCCACCAGUGCUGAUGGCAGAGCUGAGACAAUGUUUAUUUAUUCCUCUGUCCCAAACCCCACCCGUCAUGCUGCCCGCACCCCAGCACAGGGGAAGUUUUUGUCUGAGCAGCAUUCUCAGUGACCUCGAUGUUGCCUUUAGAAGGGUGGGUUCGCCUCUUGCAUAUGGGCUUUUUCAGAAUCAUUUAUGAGCAGAAAAAAAAACAUUGAAAUAAAACUUUGCUAAUACUAA